UUUUUUUGGUUUUUAUUAAAGAGAGUGUUGUAAUUCGCUUUUUGAGGGGCGAUCCGGUAUAAGGUUGGCCUCCGAUACGCAUAGGCUGCGCAGAAGUCUUUCGGUCAGGUGUCGGUAAAGAAGUGUCGCGCGCUUGGAAAGUGAAUCAUUAAGCUGAUUAUACAUACUGAGGUGUUCGUUUAUUUGUGCUUGCUUGAGGUGUUUGAAGUAUUAAAAAUAAAAACUGCUGACUCUGCUGCUGGAAGCAGGUGAUCCUGAACUACUGAGCUGUUAGCCAUCGCAACGUCGACGCCAUCCACGGGAAAGCUGUAUGCAAACGCAGGAUUGACGUCUGAUUGGUCGUAACAGGACGGAAUUGACACAGAUUCCCUCGAUGAAUUUUACCAUUUAACGUCGUUUCACUUGACCACUCACUGACCACUUGGUUCGACAAUUUUAAUCGUACCAAUUAUCCAAACGCCAUCAUGCCCCAACCGAAGGAGGUGGAAAUGAACACGAUGCACCGAUCCGGAUCGGCGAACCGCUUCCAGGUGAAUCCAGUCAACCACGACCAGCGAGGAAACGGUGGCGACAGUGGUGGUGGCGUUGGCACCAACGGCAACGCUGAUGCCAACACCGACGAUGACACCUUUCCGGACGAACUGGUGAAGCGACGCACCUCGAGACUACAGUCGAUCCGGUCCAGCUUUCGGGACAAGGAGCGAAAAAACUCACAGACUACACGCUUCAAAAUGGAAAACGGUGACGGGUCCGAUUCCAACGAAGACGAAGAGGAUAAUCUGAUUGACGACAACAAAUAUGCCAGGAGUUUUAGACACUUCACAAGGGAAGCACUGCCACGUGCUGAUAACUAUAGAAACAUCCUGUCCUUCCAGGCAAACAAUCGACCAACGCUAGACGAACUCCACCAUGCAUCCAUCACCAACAAGGAAACCAUGCGCCGUGGGACGGUUCAGGUGGAGCUGGGUGAGAUGGAAGGUAUGGUUAAAUUUGGCUGGAUCAAAGGUGUCCUGAUGCGAUGCUUGCUGAACAUCUGGGGCGUGAUGCUGUUCCUGCGGCUGAGUUGGGUCGUCGGACAGGCGGGUGUCAUCCAGGGCAUUUUGCUGAUCGGAAUUACAACCGUGGUGACAACGAUUACAGCUCUCUCGAUGUCGGCCAUCAGUACCAACGGAGUGAUAAAAGGCGGCGGAACGUACUACAUGAUAUCACGCUCGCUAGGACCGGAAUUUGGCGGCUCGAUAGGAUUGAUUUUUUCGCUGGCCAAUGCGGUGGCUUGUGCCAUGUAUGUGGUCGGAUUCUGUGAAUCGAUGACCGACAUGUUGACCUCCAUUGGCUUUCAAAUAGUAGACGGCGGUAUUCAGGACGUUCGAAUCAUUGGUCUUAUAACGAUUGUGCUUCUACUGGGAAUCGUCGUCAUUGGCAUGGAGUGGGAAGCGAAGGCUCAGGUUGUACUGUUGAUCAUUCUGUUGAUUGCCAUUGCUGAUUUCAUAAUUGGCACGCUAAUUGGACCAAAAUCCGAUAUGGACGUCGCGAGAGGUUUUGUUGGGUACAAUGGAACGCUUUUACUAGAAAAUCUCCAGCCAGACUACCGACCGGUGAAGGGUAUUGAGCAUGAUUUCUUCUCGGUGUUUGCCAUCUUUUUCCCAGCUGCGACCGGUAUUUUAGCAGGUGCCAACAUCAGUGGUGAUUUGAAGGAUCCAUCGAAAGCCAUUCCCAAGGGUACGAUCUUGGCCAUUAUCUUGACGACUAUAUCGUACAUCGCAAUGGCCAUCAUGGCAGGAGCAACCGUAACGCGUGAUGCAACUGGAAAUCUCACCGACAUAGCUAACGGAUCGUGGGCAUUUGCUGAUUGUGCUCCCGAACAGUGCGAGUAUGGUUUGCACAAUUCAUUCCAAGUCAUGGAACUGGUGGCAGGCUUUGGACCGAUCAUCUAUGCUGGUUGUUUUGCAGCCACGUUGUCUUCGGCACUUGCCAGUUUGGUAUCUGCACCGAAAGUCUUCCAAGCCUUGUGUAAGGAUAAACUAUAUCCCAAGAUCGGUUGGUUCGGCAAGGGCUUCGGAAAGAACAACGAACCGGUUCGAGGAUACAUUUUGACGUUCAUCAUCUCCGUGGCUGUGAUUCUCAUUGGAGAACUGAAUCUGAUUGCUCCAUUGAUUUCAAACUUUUUCCUUGCUGCAUACUGUUUGGUAAACUUCAGUACAUUCCACGCCAGUUUGGCCAAACCCGUUGGGUGGCGACCAACCUUCAAGUACUACAACAUGUGGCUUAGCUUGGUCGGUGCCAUACUCUGCAUUGCUGUUAUGUUCUUGAUUUCGUGGCCAACAGCUUUGAUCACAUUUGCAGUUGUGCUCACUCUGUACCUAUUCGUAUCCUACCGCAAGCCGGAUGUUAACUGGGGCUCAACAACUCAAGCGCAAACCUACAAGAAUGCACUUAUGUCCGUCCAACAGCUGAACAAUGUGGAAGAUCACGUCAAAAACUACCGACCUCAGAUCCUAGUCAUGUCUGGCCACCCCAGUACCAGACCACUCCUGGUUCACUUUGCCUACCUGCUUACAAAAAACCUUUCGCUGAUGGUUUGCGGACAGGUGAACAAAACGCAAACUUCCCAGAAGUACCGGCACUACUUGCAGCGUAAAGCUACCGACUGGUUCCGGCGGCACAAGGUCAAGGGUUUCUUCACCUACGUCGACGAUAAUGACUUCGAAACGGGAGCCCGAGCGGCAAUGCAGGCCAGCGGUAUCGGCAAGCUACGACCCAAUCUGCUACUGCUGGGCUACAAGAACGACUGGAGCAAGUGCGAUUCGGUGGAACUGGAGCAGUACUUCAACGUAGUGCACAAGGCACUGGAUAUGUACUUAUCGGUAGCAAUUCUGAGGGUUGCCAAGGGGCUCGAUUACUCGCAGGUGCUUGGGGAGGACACCACGGUGAAGCACAUUGCUGAAGCGCCACGUACGAUGUUGCACAACGACAGCUUCAACGAUUUGGCUGGACAGAACAAGAUUAGCUCCCUGCAUGGAAGCUGCGAUUCGUUGAGCCACAACAUCUCACAAGGACCCGAGCAGAACAAUGUGCGCGAGAAGAAUGAAAAGAAUCUCAAAGCCAGCAGCACCAGCGAUUUGACCACCGGUACGCCACGUUUGCAGACCGUGUCCGGAAUGCCCGAUCCGCUGGAUAUCAACGCCAAGCUUUUGAACGAAUCAGGAAACCGGUCGCUGAAGCGCACCAACAACGACCCGGCUCUGCUCUAUCGCGGCCCGGGUGGUGCCGAACUGCCCAAGGACGUCCUGGACGAGCUGACGCAAUUCACCAGCAAGAAGAAGCACGGUGUAAUCGAUGUCUACUGGCUGUACGAUGAUGGUGGCCUUACUCUGCUCUUGCCGUACAUCAUCAGCAUCAGACGGAACUGGAGCUCCUGCAAAUUGCGGGUGUUUGCCUUGGCCAAUCGGAAAACUGAACUGGAAUUUGAGCAACGGAACAUGGCCAGUUUGUUGGCCAAGUUCCGGAUCGACUACUCGGAUUUGACACUGCUGCCGGACGUCAACAAGAAAUCGUCGCCGGCCAUGAUGGGCUUCUUCAAAGAACUGAUUCGAGAUUUCACCGGCGAUGAUGGUGUCAUAUCCGAAGCGGAGCUGCUUGCUGUACAGGAUAAAACGAAUCGCCAUUUGAAUCUACGAGAAUACCUUUUGGAGCAUUCGAAGAAAUCAGAUCUUGUCGUAAUGACUCUUCCGAUGCCUCGGAAGGGUGUCGUGUCGGCAGCGCUGUACAUGGCCUGGCUGGAAACUCUGAGCCAAGGGCUUCCACCGUUCCUGUUCGUCCGUGGCAACCAGACCAGUGUACUAACGUUCUACUCUUAAGGUAUCCCCAUCCGCGUGACCCCCUUCUCACCAUUUGUCAAGUAUUUACAAGAAAGUCCAGAUGUGUGAAUGUGUAUCACUUACAAAACUGUUUGUCGCUUAUUGGAAUCGUUCCAACUGUUGGGUACUGUGUUGAUUCCCUUAGUUUUAAUGCCUUCCAGCAUUGAAGUCUUGAACCAGUAAAGUACGACUCCAUAAUUUAUUUCCAUUGCGGUUUCAUUGAGCAAACGUAGCUUGUAAGAGGAACUUUUCACCAGCAUAAUAGAAUAUUACCAGGUGCCUUAAUAAUAGUUACAUUGGAGUGGGCGCAUAGAUUUCGUGUAGAAAGCCCAGAACGUUAUUGUUAUAAUCUAGUGCAGGAAGCGCGGGGGUGACAGA